UAUCUUCAAAAUUUAUCGAAUAUGGGAAAGAUAACAACCAAAAUACAGUGUACUCUUGAAAACAGGGGAAAACAGAGGAAAUAGAAAGGAAAAAAAAAAGGAAAAAAAAAAGGGAUUUUUAUGGAAAGGGUGGAAAAAUCAUGGCUUCCUUGUAAUGUCUUCCAAAGAAAGAAAGAAAGCUCCUUUGUUUUCUCUCUCCUCUUUUUCUGUCAAUUUUAUGAAAACAUUUAUGACAGAAAUACCCUUUAAUUGCUUUGUUGCAUAGUUUCAGAGAGAGAGGAGAGAGUGCCACAAAUCCACGAUGCCUUCCAAGUUCCAUCUUCAUCACAAACCACCAACUCUCUUUCUCAAAUAUAUUUUCAGAGGGGCCCUUUUUGGGGUUUUCACAUCUCUUCCCAUUCAAUGUUCCACAGGAAGAGAAAGUGAAGAAACUUCAGCCUUUUCUUCUCUCUUAUUAGCCCUUUUCACGCUACCCCCUCUUAACCUUUUUUCUCUCUCCUCUUUUUCAUCAAACCUUAUCUUUCUCUCUCCUAGGGUUUCUUCUGUUAUUCCCCUGUUUCUGAUUUGUUUUUCUAGGGUUUCUUGAUUUUUUGUGGGAUUUUGGUUGAUGGGUAUUUGAUUUUGAGCAAAAGGGUGUUUUUUUUCUUGUUGUUGUUUGAUUCAUGGAUUCUCGUCGAUCAAGUUCUUCUGGUGUUGAUGAGGUGACUAAAAUUAGGCAAAAGCAUCAGUCUUUGUUGCAAGAUUACUUGGUCUUGCAAAAGGAAUGUGUAUCAAAGAAGAGAAAGCUAAAGGAAUCAAAGGAAAAGAAAGAUACCCUUUUGGAUGAAAUCAGAUUCUUGAAGCGGAGACGCAACCUCCUACUGAGGUUGCAAUCACCAAAUUCAGAACAACAGGAAGAUUUUGUUGAGUCACAGAAGACACAUGCUAAAUAUGAAGUAGGACCAAGUGGAAGAUACGCUGGUACUAGUGAACCACCGUUGCAAAAUUCACGGCCAACAACGGGUUCUAUUUGGAAUUCUGCUAGCCUCGCCAACGAGGAGGUGGGUUUUCCAUCAGUGAAAUUAGGGAAGAAGCCUAAGGAUUUGUUUACUAAUGGUAAAAGAGCUGAGAAAAGGAAAAUUUCUUGGCAAGACCCGUUGGCGUUGAAGGUUUGAGUUUUUCAGCGCUUCAGAGAAGUACUUACAAUUUGUGCAGACCACUUAAAUUGACCUUGUAUUAGUGAAUCAUUCUUUUCUUCUACUAGUAGGUUGUUUCUGAGAAUACAUAUAGAGUAAAUGUCAAUGCUUUGGCAACUUAUGUAAUGGAGUUUAUAUAUAUAUAAGGAAGUUUGAUAAA